AUGUCGAGCGGGAGUUGCUCAGGGCCAGGAGUCUGUGGAGGGGCCAGGAGACGUCCCCCUCCUCCUCCCGAGCCUACACUCUCCCUCGCUGCAGACCUCAGUGAGCUGAGCUUGGACCAGGGCUACCAUACGCUAGCUGACUGCGGUCCUCCGAGACGUCGUCGUGACAACACAUUGUCAGAUGCUUUGUGGCUAAAGAUAUUGUCUUAUCUUGAGGUGUCAGACUUAUGUCGAAUGUCACGGGUUUGUAGAAGAUGGUCGAGAUUCGUAGCCAGGCUAACUGCGAGGCCAGAGCCUUGGAGAAGAGUGAGAGCUGCGGGUCCUUUAGAAGUAGCUGCUCGAUGUGCGGGCGCCCGAGCAGGUCCCUGCGUCAGUGCUGUCAGAGAGUGGCGGUCGAAAACUUGUGCGGUGUCAGUUGCCGGUGCCCAGCUGUUAGCAGCUACUUUUAGAAAUUUAACGCAUCUAGCUCUGACUGGUUCUAACACAAUGGACGCAAGGGCGUUAGCACCACUUAUCACAGAUUUGGUCGAUCUAAGGCAUAUCGAUCUGACGGGUUGCCCAAACGUGGAUUGGCCGGAGUGGGCGUGGCUCGAAAGUAGGCUUACAACAAGAAGGCCGCCUAUAGAAUACAUAGACCUCACCGACUGCAGCGCAGUCACUGAUGCUGGUUUAUGUGCCUUACUCCACACGUGCCCUUCUCUACAAUAUCUCUACCUCAGGAGAUGUACUCUAGUCACAGAUGCAGGUGUCAGAUGGAUACCUUCAUAUUGCGCACUCAAGGAGUUGAGCGUGUCUGAUUGCACCGGAGUCACAGAUUUCGGUCUGUAUGAGUUGUCGAAACUGGGACCAGCUCUGCGGUACCUCUCCGUGGCUAAAUGUUCUCAGGUAUCAGAUUCUGGUAUAAGUACAUUGGCGAGACGCUGUUACAAGCUACGUUAUCUCAACGCAAGAGGCUGCGGAGCGUUGGGCGAUGAUGGUGUAGAAGCUAUUGGUCGAGGAUGCUCGAGAUUAAGGGCUCUUGAUCUUGGAGCCACUGAUGUUUCGGAAGCUGGCUUACAAAUACUGGCCCGAUGCUGUCCAAAUCUCAAGAAAUUGGCUUUAAGAGGCUGUGAGCUGAUCGGUGACGAUGGUCUUGAAGCAGUCGCGUAUUAUUGCAGAGGACUUACGCAGCUAAACAUUCAAGACACACCAGUAACGUUACGAGGCUACAGAGCUGUUAAGAAGUAUUGCAAACGAUGUGUCAUCGAACAUACGAAUCCUGGAUUUUGCUGAUGAUGUGCUAUAUAUUUACAUGUGGAUUUUAUUGAAAAUGGAAAGGAGACAGGAGAAGUUUCAGUCUUUAGUCUAUUUAAUAGAUAACUGAGAUGGAACUUAGUAUUUCUUCAGAAAGCGUAUUUAUUUGAUGAUUUCUGAAGUUUUUUUUGGACAUUUUUGGUACACGCUAAAAUUGGUGCUCAAUGAUUUCAUUUCUCAUUUAAAGCCUGGUUAAUUAACUGAAUCAUUUAUUGUUAUCUGUGUGGGCGGUAUUAAUGUUUAUUUUAUACGAUUAUAAACUGUUUUCGAUAGUGAAACAAUGUUUCUUUAAAUUAAAUUGUAUAUAGCUUAUAAAAGUCAGAUUUAUUAUUUGAAAUUCAUUUUUCUGUGAAUUAUUGUGUGGGCUUCAUUUGUUUAUAGAAUGUGUGUUCAAUUUCUUGGUUAAAUAAAUAUCAAAUGACUGGCUUAAUAAAAAUGAAAAGUUAAUAACAAAUGAUUACAUUUUGGUGAAAUUGAAUAUGCCGAAUGAGAUUAAUAUUUUCCGCCUUUGGAAAUAUUUGGUUAUAAUAAAAAGGCAUUCACGAAAUAAAAUAUAAAAGAAGUAUCCC